GGUUCAGCAUUCAGAUCUGCCCUCAGUUGAUAAUUGACUUGCGACUCGGUCAGUCAGUCGUUCUUUUAAUCCAGACACCUACAAAAAUGUGGACACAUUUGAGAAAUCUUUCGAAGCUGGUAUUGCCACGCCGAUUAGUCACCCAAUCCGCUAGCUACUCUUCGUCCUCAUCAUUUUUGAUCGACCAACCGGAAUACAGCUUCCUUAAGGAAUUGGGCCUAGAGCGCGACAAUCCAGGUGUUUAUUCUGGUCAAUGGCAAGGUCGGGGUCCAUCCGUCACCAGCUACGAUCCCGGAACUGGUCAACCAAUUGCCACAGUGCGUCAGGGAAAUGUCCAGGAACUAGAACAGACCAUCGGACUGGCAGUGGAAGCCUACAAACAGUGGCGACAGGUUCCAGCUCCCGUUCGAGGGGAAAUAGUGCGCCAAAUCGGAGAUGAACUGAGAAAGUACAAGGAACCUCUGGGAAAGCUCGUCUCGCUGGAGGUGGGUAAAAUCUACAGCGAAGGCCAGGGAGAGGUUCAAGAGUUCAUAGAUAUCUGCGACUAUGCGGUUGGUCUAUCCAGGAUUUACUCGGGUCAGUUGAUCAACUCCGAACGUGCCGAUCACUCGAUUCUGGAAGCCUGGCGUCCCCUGGGAGUGGUGGGCGUUAUUUCGGCUUACAAUUUUCCCAAUGCUGUGUUCGGCUGGAACGCAGCGAUUGCUCUGACCACUGGUAAUAGUGUACUGUGGAAAGGUGCUCCCAGUACGCCCUUGGUCUCAGUGGCCACUACCAAAAUUGUGGCUGACGUGCUGCGCAGGAAUAACCUUCCGCCUGUGGUGACCCUCUGUCAAGGAGGAACUGAUGUGGGUCAGACUUUGGUUGCUGAUAAAAGAGUAAACCUCGUUUCCUUCACCGGCAGCUGCCAAACUGGACGAGAUGUGGGCGUAGAAGUCCAGCGAAGAUUCGGCAAAGUCAUCCUUGAAUUGGGCGGUAAUAAUGCCUUGAUCAUUGACGAAUCUGCAAACAUUAAAAUGGCACUUGACGCUGCACUCUUCGGCUGCAUUGGCACCAGUGGUCAAAGAUGUACUACCACCAGGAGGAUUAUUGUGCAUGAAAAGCUGCAUGAUCAAUUUGUAAAGGCACUGGUUGGCAAAUACAAGCAGCUAAUUCCCAAGAUUGGACACCAGCUUGACGCUCAAACGCUGGUGGGUCCCGUGCACACGCAACAAAACGUGGAAAAUUACAAAGUGGCUAUUGAGGAGGCCAAGUCCUUGGGAGGAACAGUGGCAUUCGGAGGCAAUGUUAUCCAGCGUGAAGGUUUUUACGUAGAACCCACUGUAAUUACAGGUUUGCCCCACGAUGCCAGUGUCGUCCAUCGUGAAACCUUUGCCCCUAUUGUUUACAUUCUCAAGGCCAAAACCGUCGACCAAGCAAUCGAAUGGAAUAACGAGGUGGAGCAGGGCUUAUCCUCCGCCAUUUUCACAGAGAACAUCGGAGAGGCCUUCAAGUGGAUUGGAGCCAAGGGUUCAGACUGUGGCAUCGUGAACAUCAACACAACCACCAACGGCGCUGAGAUCGGAGGUGCUUUCGGAGGAGAAAAGGCCACAGGUGGAGGUCGUGAAUCCGGAUCCGAUGCCUGGAAGCAGUAUUGUAAACGGGCCACCAUUACUGUCAACCACUCCGGGGAAUUGGCGUGCGCCCAGGGUGUUGUCUUUAAUGUAGAGUAAAAAACAGAUCAAUUUUAAUGUCUUCCUAUUUGCUAAAAUUUAAAAUACACAUAUAAUGUUCCAAACUAAAA